AUGAAAUUCCAGGUUUUCCAUCUCUCUUCCACUCUUCAAACCACAGUCUUUUUCUUGCUGGUGCUGCUGGUCCAGCCUCCCAGAGGUCUAAUGCUGCCACACCAUCCCAUGGUUUACCUGCCUACGCUGGACAACCCUGAAUGGGAGGCUGCACUGCUCCAGCUUCAGGCUUCACUGGGAGCUCCAGGCGGCAGAGCAGCGGCCGAGCUCCAGCCCUGGGCUCUGAUUGAGGAGCCGGGCCCCGAGGAGCUGCUGGAGAGAGUGAAGGCAGAGCUGGGAUGGGGACAGAGGAGCACGGUGAAGGGCCAGAAGAGAGAGGAGCUGUGGCGGAGACCAGUGGGGACAUUCCCAGACAACCAUAUAGUGGCUGUGCCGUAUCCACAGGGGGGAGAGGUGGAGGAGGAGGAGGGUGGAGAGAAGAGGAACGAGGCGCUCACUUCCAUCGCGGGAGGUUUGCAAGCCUUCAACAGACAGAAAGGAGGAUUUGGCUUUCGAUUUGGCAGAAAGUGA